UAUAUAUAAACCAAAACCCUCCAUUCCUCUCUUCUUCAAAAUCAAACCCAAUACACAACCACCAAAACUGCUGCACUUAGAUCCCUUUGUCGAUUUCCCUUCUUGGGUUCUUGUUCUUUUUGUCUAAGAACAUCGCCUUUGAAUCGUCUCUUCGAUUUCGUUCUCGGAUUCGCGAAUGGACAAAGAAAUCGAGGUUCCUCCCUUCUUCCUUUGCCCGAUCUCUCUAGAGAUCAUGAAAGAUCCUGUGAUUCUCUCCUCCGGAAUAACGUACGAUCGAGACAGCAUAGAGACAUGGCUGUUUUCCGGCAAGAACAGGACUUGUCCGGUCUCCAAACAUGUCGUGCCGGCCGACUCAGAUCUCACACCGAACCACACUCUCCGCCGUCUGAUCCAGUCUUGGUGCAUUCUCAACGCUUCUCACGGCGUCGAGAGGAUCCCGACUCCGAAGCCUCCCAUCUCCAAAUCCGAGAUCGAAAAGCUGAUCCGAGAAUCGGGAUCGUCGCAUCAAGACCAGGUAAAGAUCCUCAAAAGACUUCGUCAGAUCUUGUCAGAAAACACCGCGAACAGACGGUGCUUAGAAGCCGCGGGAGUUCCGGGGUUCUUGGCCAAGAUUGUGGGCGAAUCUAUCGAUUGUUACCAAUCUUCCCCGUCGCCUUCUACGUCGAAUCUUGACGAUUUGUGUCACUCCAACAUGGAAAACGGGUUUGAUCAUUCGAGGAGUUUGAUUGAUGAAGCCCUCAGCUUACUCUACAAUCUCGAGAUAUCGGAAUCAGGCCUCAAGAAUCUUCUAAACAGCAAGAACGGUAUUUAUAUCGUGGAAUCGUUGACGAAGAUCAUGCAGCGAGGGAUCUACGAGUCGAGGGCCUAUGCAAGUUUGCUUCUCAAGAACAUCCUCGAAGUCGCAGAUCCAAUGCAGAUCAUUACCCUAAAACCCGAUAUCUUCGCCGAGGUUGUCCAGAUCUUGCACGACCAGAUCUCGAACAAGGCGACGAAAUCAGCCUUGCGGAUCCUCGUUAACAUAUGCCCGUGGGGAAGGAACAGGCACAAGGCAGUAGAAGCCGGAGCGAUCUCCGUAAUCAUCGAGCUUCUGAUGGACGAAACCUUCUCAUCCGAAAGGCGGAUUCCUGAAAUGGCAAUGGUGGUUCUCGAUUUGCUUUGUCAAUGCGCUGAAGGACGGGCCGAGUUCUUGAACCACGGUGCGGGGAUAGCGGUAGUAUCGAAGAAGAUACUUAGGGUUUCACAGACGGCGAGCGAGAGGGCGGUUAGGGUUUUGUUGUCGGUCGGGAGAUUCUGUGCGACGCCAUUCUUGCUGCAGGAGAUGUUGCAGCUCGGCGUUGUGGCGAAGCUCUGUCUUGUUCUUCAGGUCAGCUGUGGGAACAAGACGAAGGAGAAGGCGAGGGAGUUGCUUAGGCUGCACGCUAGGGUUUGGAGGGAGUCGCCUUGUCUUCCAAUAAACCUAGCUUCCUCAUAUCCUGCUUGAAAGGAGGAAAGAUGCGGAAAGAAUCAGUGAGAAUCAUCAGUUAAAAGACGGGUGGUUUUCAGUUAUUACGAAUUCCUUUUGUUUUCUUUUUUUUUUUGUGUAAAAUGAUUCUGUAGAUAAAACAUUUACAAAUUGUUCAUCAAAAAAAUAAAUGAAUACACAAAAGAUGAUA